GCUGCUGCUGCCGCCGGCCCCGUGAGCAGCCGGACCGGGGGUCGAGGGGUCAAGGGGCGGAGCGGCGCAGGCGCCCGGUCUCAGCAGCAUCGGCGGUGCCGGCCCUGAGAUCCACCGCACCGACAGCUGGAGCUGGAGCGGGGCGGCGGCGCGUUGCCAUGGAAACCACCGGCCGCAGGGACAGCAAGAAGUCGCUGCGGGUGAAGGUGAUCACCCUGGGCAACGCCGAGGUGGGCAAGAGCUGUAUCAUCAAACGCUAUUGUGAGAAAAGAUUUGUCUCAAAAUAUUUGGCGACUAUUGGAAUUGACUAUGGAGUUACAAAGGUUCAGGUGAGGGAUCGUGAGAUUAAAGUUAACAUCUUCGACAUGGCGGGACAUCCAUUUUUCUAUGAGGUGCGUAAUGAAUUUUACAAAGACACUCAAGGGGUGAUCCUGGCUUAUGAUGUUGGACAGAAGGAAUCCUACACUGCGCUGGAGAGUUGGCUUGCUGAGAUGAAGCAAGAACUUGGACCUAAUGCAAAUAUGGAAAACAUUAUGUUUGUUGUCUGCGCUAAUAAGGUGGACUGUGGGAAGCGGCGUGUGAUUGAUGAGAGCGAGGGACGGCUCUGGGCUGAGAGCCGGGGAUUCUACUACUUUGAAACCUCAGCACAGUCUGGUGAGGGCAUCAAUGAGAUGUUCCAGACUUUCUUCUCAUCGAUCCUUGACUUGUGUGAGAACGGUAAACGGCCUCAGACCAGCCUUAGCCUGGGGUUUACCAAAGAGCAGGCUGACACCAUACGCAGGAUACGGAACAGCAAGGAUAGCUGGGAGAUGCUGGGAGUGAAGCCUGGAGCUUCCAGGGAUGAGGUAAAUAAAGCCUAUCGGAAGCUAGCUAUGCUCCUUCACCCAGACAAGUGCCUCGCCCCGGGAAGUGAAGAUGCCUUCAAAGCAGUUGUCAACGCACGGACUGUGUUGCUGAAAAACAUCAAGUAAGAAUGGGGUGGCGAUUCUGAAGACAGAUAAGAAGUAUCCUCUCCAUAGGCUGAGUGUUACACCAUCUAUACUUGAGAUUUCGAUGGAACUAAGGAGUUAAUAAAUGUCUAUUAAUAUUUGGUGUGAGUGCAGGACAAAUAAACAUGAAUUUUUACAUGG